UCUCAUUCUGCACUUUUUUCCAUUCGCAGCAGCAGAGCGGCAUGCAGGACUCCUGCUCAAACUGUCAUUUGGAUGCUAGAAGCACAGGCACUACUGGAGAUCUCUGUUGCAGGGGAAAGGGAAGCUCCCCACGUCCAGCCACAGUCUGUGGGAGGCCAAAUAUUCCAGCAGUUUUGAUGUAUAAGAUGUAGGAUGCUCCCUAUUUCAAGAAUCAAGCGGCAGCCUUUUUUCUGGCCAGUGAAUGCAGAACCACCUCCCUGGAUUUGUGUGAUCCCUGAUACACCUGGCGUUUUCCGGAUAGGUGCCGUGCCCCCUCCUUUUAUUCUUUCUCACCCAUCACCUUUGCUACAGGGGGUACCUGCAUGGCAAGUUGCCUGUGAUCCUUUCCUGCCUUUGAUGUCUGUUCCCUCUGCACCAGACCCUGCUGUGCAUCACAUUCAUCUGGCAAGCGGGCAGUGGGUAGGCGCUCCUUCUCCUGCUUUUGGAUUUUCCCCAACAUCAAGAGUCGAACUAAUUCCCCUCUACCCCCAUGUGUACAGAUCUGCUGUUCCUCAGCAUGCUGGGAAGUGUUGGGUCAAAAAGAAAAUGCCCCGUUGCAAGGUAACAAGAAGUCUCCAGGAGAUUUUUUUCAAUAACUCCUUUUCCCUGGAAUCUUCAUGGAUGCACCAACCUGAAGAGCUGAUAGUAAUUCAAGGACUUGAAAAACCUAGGGCAAGUCAAAUAACUAUGGCUGUAUCAAAGCCUUCUAUGCCUUCCAGGCCCCUCCAUACAGUCAUAUUUACACCUCAAAGAAUAACAGGCCUUUGCCAGAGUGGCAUUAUUAAGCCAAUUUCCAACAAUCAAGCUCUUGCAAUUGUUGGCACCAUAUCUGCAGCUCCAGCAGCGUUAAUAGGAGUCAAUUCAGAGCCAAAUCAGGAAUUGUCUUCUGCAACUGUUCCACCUUGUCAGAUGCUGACACCGAUUAAGAUACCAUUUAGAGCUUCACAUUUAGCAGGUGGCCCAUCAAGAAUUGCAUCUCAUGUUGCUCCAUUGCUGCCAUCUCAGUUGGCCAGACUGACCACUGCCCCAGCUUUGACCUUCAUGACAACAAGCGUAAUGGAUGAAUCAUCAAAUGAUAAGAGCAAAGAUGCAAACAGAGCUUCUUGCUCAGCAGCAUUAAUUUUACAUUCUGAAAAGAAGAAUAAGCCAUCAAAGAUGGAUGAAAAGGACAACUCUGUAAAGAUAGAAAGUGAGGAAUGCACCAAUAGCGCCAAUAAGCCAGUGGCUUCCAGACCCGUUCCAGGGUCACCAUGGUGCGUGGUUUGGACCGGAGACGACAAAGUAUUUUUCUUCAACCCUACCAUCCAGCUCUCUGUAUGGGACAAACCCAUUGACUUGAAGAACCGGAUUGAUAUUAACAGAAUGAUUGAGGAUCCGCCCCACAAACGCAAACUGGAUACAUCUACAAAUGACAAAAAAGGUGGGUUGGUUCCAGAAGAUGUUAGCGACGACCACAGUACUAAAACCAAACGAAAUAAAACUGAAGAUCUUCAAGUUAACGAAAAAGAGGAAGCUGACUUGGAAGAGAAGAAAGAGAAAACGGCUUCUCUGGAAUUAUUGCCCCCUUUGGAGGAACGCAUGACAUGCUUCAGAAGUAUGCUUCUCGAGAGAGGGGUUUCAGCAUUCUCCACAUGGGAAAAAGAGUUGCACAAAAUCGUAUUUGACCCUCGUUACCUUUUACUGAACUCAGAAGAACGAAAGCAGGUAUUUGAACAAUUUGUAAAGACCCGAAUUAAGGAAGAAUACAAAGAAAAGAGGAGCAAAUUAAUGGUUGCCAAAGAAGAGUUUAAAAAGCUUCUAGAAGAAUCAAAACUGACUCCAAGGACUGCAUUUAAAGAAUUUGCAGAAAGAUAUGGAAGAGAUCAACGUUUUCGUGCUGUUCAAAAGAAAAAAGAUCAGGAACAUUUUUUCAAUCAGUUUAUCAAUGUGUUGAAAAAGAGGGACAAAGAAAACAGAUUGAGGUUACGGAAAAUGAGAUAAAAUAUGUAAAUGCGCAAUAAUGUACAACUCUCCUAUACUGCAACUGCCGAUAGAAAAGGACAUUUGUUCUUCAUAUAUUUGUGUCACUUAGCGGGAGAGAAAAAAAAAAUAACCGGAGGAACUGGAGGGAAUGUUUGUGUUAAUAAAUGGUUUCUCGGUAGAGAAAAUGGAGUUUACCGAGGAAUAAUGUUUCAUAUUGAAGCUAUUUAUUUUAUAACAUUCAGAAUAUAAUGUUUAAAUUUUCCACCUUUCCACAUGUCCGAUUCAUUGUUUCAAUUAAUCAAACACACGAUGCACAAUGUAUAAAUUCAAAAUAGGAUGAUAUCAAGAGUGUGUACCAUUAAACCAUCAGAAUUUUUUUAACCCACGCAUCCUUAUGUACUCAAAAUGUAGUGUUACCAGAAAUCAUUUCAUUUUAUGAUGUUCACAUGUUACAGUCUGAGUAAUAAUAAUGGUUAAACCUUUAGUGAAAGUGUGAAUAUCUAUAUAUGUAAUUAGAACAAAAAGUAGGCACAAAAUAAAAUGCUUUUGUCUUUGACCCGAUGGACUCACUCAGUAUAUGUAACUUCUUAAUUAAAGUUACAGUAACACAGUUGUUUUAAAAACCCACGUCAAGUUCUUUUUGUUUUUCAGUUGUAUGCUGAUGGUAUGCAUGAGUUUUUCCCUCAUCCGAUUUGUAUACACAAAUAUUUUAACUUUUUUAAAUUAAUAAAUAUUUUAAGCAAGCCUA